AGCGAGUAAUCAACCAUGUUUGUUGAAUGUGUCAUGUGUUCUUUAUUUCAGAAACGUGAGGCCCCACCUGGUGAGAAGCCCGAAAUUGUCAAAACUCACUUGCGAAACAUGAUCAUUGUCCCUGAGAUGAUAGGAAGCGUUGUUGGAGUGUACAAUGGCAAGACCUUCAAUACAGUCGAAAUCAAGCCUGAGAUGAUCAGCCACUAUCUCGCCGAGUUCUCAAUCUCGUACAAGCCCGUCAAGCACGGUAGACCAGGUAUUGGUGCCACCCACUCUUCAAGGUUCAUUCCUCUUAAGUGAGAAAUCUCAGCAACACAACAAACAUUAUUUCUAAGAGCUUCUUAUGUUUGUUUCUUUCUUGGUACUUAUUUAGCCCCUUCUUAUGCUGCUGGAAUUUUCUAUUGAGGCAUACCUUUUAUAUGACGCUGUCUGAUAGAUUACAGUUUGUGUAACGAUAUUUAUGAACUUAGUUUGAAUUACAUAUUUUUAGUCUUGAUAUUCAGUUAA